AUGCAUCUUUCUAUUUGUUUCAUACUUUGUGUUGGUUUAGCUAUUGUUUCCAGUCGUGAUGUUGAAAAGUCAAAAAGACCAUUAUUCUCUGAGAAUUUUAUUUCUCAUAUAAAUUCAGCACAAUCAAAAUGGAAAGCUGGACCAAAUAAAUUUCAAACAUGGACAAAAUCUGCAGUUAAACGAUUAAUGGGUGUUCAUAAAGAUCAUUUUAUUCAAAUAAAAAAUGUUGAUCCUAUUGUACAUGAAGUACCCAAUGAUUUACCAACUAAUUUCGAUGCAAGAGAACAAUGGCCUAAUUGUCCAUCAAUUAAAGAAGUACGAGAUCAAGGAAGUUGUGGAAGUUGUUGGGCUUUUGGUGCAGUUGAAGCAAUGUCUGAUCGUAUUUGUAUUGCAUCUAAAGGUUCAAAAAUUGUACAUAUUUCAGCUGAAGAUCUUGUUUCAUGUUGUAAAUUGUGUGGUUCAGGUUGUAAUGGUGGAUUUCCCACUGCUGCUUGGAACCACUAUAGACUUACUGGAUUAGUUACUGGUGGAAAUUAUAAUUCAUCAGAAGGAUGUGAACCAUAUACUAUCGCUGCAUGUGAUCAUCAUGUAAACGGAACCAAACAACCAUGUGGAGAUGAACAACCAACACCACACUGUACUCAUAAAUGUAUUAGUAGCUAUUCAACACCCUAUGAAAAAGAUAAACAUCAUGGUAAAAGUGUUUAUUCAGUUCGAUCACAACAAGAACAAAUUCAAACCGAACUUAUGAACAAUGGACCUGUUGAAGCAUCUUUUUCAGUUUAUUCAGAUUUUCCUACAUAUCAAUCAGGUGUUUAUCAACAUACAGCUGGUUCAUUUCUUGGCGGUCAUGCUGUAAAAAUCCUUGGUUGGGGUGUUGAAAAUUCUACACCUUAUUGGCUUGUUGCUAAUUCAUGGAAUGAAGAUUGGGGUGAAAAAGGUUUCUUCAAAAUUAUUCGUGGUUCAGAUGAAUGUGGUAUUGAAAGCAGCAUUGUUGCUGGUGAACCAAAACUCGAUUAA